UCCCCGACGUUGUGUUUAUGCAGCAGGUUCCUGUUACUUGGAUGUGAAGGCGCUGUAUUUCGCGGUGCCGCUUGAUGAAAAAUAUUUGAUAAUAUAUUCCCUUAGGCUGAUGGAAAAAGCUUACGCGUUUCAAAUAGAACUACAAUUCCCGGCAUCGAAUAACCCGAACGCGCAAGCUCCCUUGCACUCUAGCGCAAUACAGGGAGGCUGCUGCGCAGGCGCACAAGGAGCCACUGGCUAUCAAGUUGGUCAAACAGCGGGUGAUAAAAUGCAUAAGCUGAAGUCGUCGCAGAAGGACAAGGUUCGUCAGUUCAUGUCCUUCACCCAGGCUGGCGAGAAGACAGCCGUGUACUGCCUCACACAGAAUGACUGGAAACUAGAGGUGGCCACAGAUAACUAUUUCCAGAACCCAGACCUCUACCAUAGAGAAUCCAUGAAAAACUCAGUGGACAGAAAGAAGCUGGAGCAGCUGUACAACCGCUACAAAGAUCCCCACGAUGAGAAUAAGAUUGGGAUCGAUGGAAUCCAGCAGUUCUGUGACGAUCUGACUCUGGACCCAGCCAGUAUGAGUGUUCUGGUGGUAGCAUGGAAGUUUCGGGCAGCCACACAGUGUGAGUUCAGCAGGAAGGAGUUCUUGGAUGGCAUGGCUGAACUUGGCUGUGACAGCCCAGACAAGCUCAAGGCACUGCUCCCGAGAUUAGAACAGGAACUCAAAGACAACGGAAAGUUCAAAGACUUUUACCAGUUCACCUUUAACUUCGCCAAGAACCCUGGACAAAAGGGUUUAGAUCUAGAGAUGGCUGUAGCCUACUGGAACUUAGUUCUGACCGGCAGGUUCAAGUUUCUGGACCUCUGGAACAGGUUUCUAUUGGAACAUCAUAAACGUUCAAUUCCCAAAGACACAUGGAAUCUACUCUUGGACUUUGGCAACAUGAUUGCAGAUGAUAUGUCCAACUAUGAUGAGGAAGGGGCGUGGCCUGUCCUUAUUGAUGACUUUGUGGAGUUCGCCCGGCCAAUAGUAACUGGGGGCAAGCACAAAACUCUAUAAUCAUUGCCCAGCGAUGGAGGGAUUUUAUUCCUUUUAUUUGACUGUCUUUUUUGUUGUUUUUUAAAUAUGUGACAAAAAAAGAUAUACAAAUGAGAUACACUUGAAGUUUUCAACUGCUCUGCCAUCGGGCAUGUGAGUGGGUGGGGCCAGGAGGACCCACCAACCAAUCAGGCAAGGGAGCGGGAAGGAGACAGGAAGGAUUUUUUUUUUUUUUUUGGCUGGAAUUGCUAAACACGCUGUAACUGCCACUGCAGCAACCAGGGAGCAGAAGGGAGACGGCCUUCUCCAAGACACAGCACGCCACAAGGCAACACUCAGCGCCUCCUCCUGCUGCUCUCACCCGACAUCUCCAAAAGGGUGGGGCACUGUGACUGAACCCCCGCCCGGGGGCACCGCUGACAGUGCUUGCUUUAUGUACAAGGAAAAAAAAAAAAAAAA